AUGCUUGAGAAGAUUUUUGGAAGGAGAGUUACCGACUUUCUCUAUUCCAUUCGCGACUCUUUUCUAUUACUACUUAGAACACAACCUCCUGCAGUGAUAUCUGCGAAAGAAACCAAGCUUCUCAAGAUAAAGGCGGGUGCUUUAUCAUCCCAGUCAAGUUCCAUCGAUCAAAUUCCUUCUUCUGGUUUAGUAGAAUUGGUCAAUGACACCACGGUACCUAUCGAAGAUCUACAAAGCUCAAAUGCCGACACCAAACUUCCCCCCAUGGUAAUAGAUUCGGCACCCGUCGAAUCUUUACCCAUAAACCCUUCCAAGUCAGAAUGCCGGUCAAAUAUCAACUUACAGUGCGUAUCGGAUUUAGAUAUAGCGCCAACAUCUUUACAGGAGCCUCGACCUGUGCCCCAGACAGAGUCCUCUUCCUUUUCCACCUCCCUGGCUGAGACUACUUUAAUGAGCAUCCUUUUUGUAGCAUAUUUAGUGCUCUAG